AUGCCUGUGCGCCGUCGAAUUCCCACGCCCGAUCCCAUCCCCAUGGACUCUAUCAUAACACCUCUAGUGCCUACCGGUAUAAUAUCCACUGAGACUGGCGGACUUCUAAGGGCUGGCGGACCAAGGCUCUGCGAACUACCGUACAACAGCCACGACAUCCGAAUUAGACAAAUUCCAUUUUAUACAAUUCAAUCUAUUAUUCAAACAUUGAAUAUCUGUGCUUCUAUAGGUUUUGUGGAGUGCACCCCGUGCUAUGACGAUUCUGCAGAACCGAUCCCAACAUUGCAAGUCUGUGUAGACCCGCGAAAGAAUGAGGCUCGAAAGGACUGGCUCAACGCAGCACAAGAGCUGUACGAUCUUCUUUGCAGAUACGGCCUCGAAUAUAUAACAGUUGACAUUAUUGACUGUCGCCUGGAACAAGGCCCCAGCAUGUUUAUAUGCGAACCGACUGAUGCAAUCUUCUCCAAAUGGGACAUAGUUCGCCAACACAUCCUACACUCUGUUGAUGUCUCUGGAUUUCAAUUGCUAGGCUGCUAUCGCAUGGGAUACGAAACUCGCACUGAGAACUGCAAACCAACUAUACUCGUCACGGUUGAUCCAGAAUUUGAACGAGACUGGGGCAUCGCUAAGCAGGAGAUCAGGAACAUCUUGAACAGGCUCAAACUUGCGGUUGACGUGCAGAUUUUCAAAGAUCACAGCAUCUUCUGCGCCCGCCGACCGUCGAUUCAGAGCGAACUCAACUCACGGUGCCCUGUUCACAUGGAGGACUGUCCAAGAGUAGCGACCAUUGGACAUAGCGUGGGUGCUCAUAACAGCGACCGCUACGGCACCUUUGGGGGAUGGCUCAAUAUACGGCAAAAGCCUGACUCUGAAUGGGAGCAAUUUGGUUUGACCUGUCGCCAUUGCAUCUUCGACGACCCGUUCAAGGAUUUCGUAAUACCUGACCCCAGAGCUGAAACGCUGGAGCAUGUGGGGGACAACAGGCUCAGUCUACCCGAGUCGGCACAGGAGGUCGAUUGUCCAAGUUACGGUGAAAUCAAAAUGUAUAUCGAUGGACUCAAGAAGACUAUCUCCGAUCUCAAGAAGGAACAUUCUUAUCCCAGCUUGGAAGAGCUUAGACUGUGUAGAGACCCCUUGGAUGAUCUGUCGGAAGCAUGCUGGAAAAGGCUCCGAGCCCCCAUCGACGGUUAUGAAGGCUGGAUUGCGGAGCUAGAGGCCUACUGCGAUUCGAAUAUGCAUAGGUUUGGCAAGAUUUGGGCACAUUCUGGCGACAGCACGCGGAGGACGACCACCGUUAUGGACUGGGCCCUUUUGAAGCCCUAUCCAACUCGAGCAUAUCCAUCUAAUAAAUUUGGUGGAUUCGCCAACCAACAUGAUCCAAGGAGUCUGAAAGUCGAAAAUGGGUUUAUCGAGGACAGCAUCGUAUUGCAUCAUUCCGAUCUCCUUCACAAGUCCGGUUGUAUCACGAAUACGACUACCGGCCAAUACAACAUGCUUGCCACGACAGUUUUUACUGUUACAGCAAAUGGACAGCUACGCACGACGAAUGAGCAUUCGGUCAUUUGUAAAAAGAAGAAGUCUGAUUUUGAGCCUGGGGACUCGGGAUCCCUUCUCUUCACCGAAUCGGGCGCUAUGGUGGGAAUGGGCUUCGGGGCACAAGUUGGGGGACAAAUUGUUGUUUUCACCCAUGUCGACGAUCUCAUCGCCGACAUCAAAAGUCAAACGGGGGUGGAUCAGGUCACCUUUUACACCCAGGAAUGGACUGAUGAAGUGUGCGAGAAGGAUUAA